AUUGCCAACCAUUAUGUUCCGCUUCUAUAAAAGUGUUAUUCUAGGAACAUAACCUAUAAGUGUAAACAAAUCACCCAUUUCAGAAAAUUAGGUUAUGUUAAUUGUUGGUUAAAAAAAACGUUUCAAAUUUAUUUACUGUGUGUGUACUUAAACGCUAAAAUGUUGAAUAACGAAACAGACAGUUUUAUGAAUCGCGUCCGGCGAGCCCUGACGCUCCCUAUCAGAGCCCGAUGUGCCGAACUAACCGUGUUAUUUGAUCGGGGAAGCACCUUAGAUUUGCAGAAUUUUUUCCCCCUACUAAUCGACAACAUAUUCGGGCCGCAAGGCACAGUAAGUUGGGGCUUACGUGUAGCCAGAGAUGUUAAUGAGGAUUUCCGACAACUGGAGCAUUUUUUAUCGCCUUGUGGACCUGUCUUUAAGUUAAUUUAUACACUUCUCAAAGAUCCAUCUGCUAAAUACGAUUUUCCGGUAAUGUAUUUACCUGUUAAGGUACAACAGAUACUGGAAAAUGCCCAGUUACACCCGUUUUAUGCAGAUAUUGUUCAUGUUAAUCCGCAGACCAAACACGUGAUUUCAUUAUUAUUGAACCCUUUUGAUUAUUAUAUGUUUCAUUUUGCGUAUCAUUUGAUCAAUCCUUGGCACCAAAGAUCGGGGUCUGUUUUAACUACACAACAACAAGCGUCGUGGAAUACGGUUUAUUAUGUGUUAUGCUGCGAUUAUAUGCUUCACUUUUUACCAACCACUCCUGGGGCUACAGUCUUGCCUGCGAUUUAUUAUAAUGGGAAAAAUCCAAUCCAGCCGCUGCAACAAAUGAAAUCUCCAGUUGGCUCAAAACUGCUAAACUCGUCUCUUUUAAAUAAAUCAGUUGAGGAGUAUUCGUUUCCCCAAAACUUGGGUCGCCAUCCGCGAAACCAAAUAUGGAGGAGCGAAACGGUUUUGACCGUUUUCAUAGACAUGUGGUUGAAUAACGACCAAAUCAGCCAACCGACCAAUCAAAUUAACAGUUCGUUUAACUCUUCUCCAGUUCCGCGAUUGUUACAAUAUACGGAACUCCCAACAUCGGAAUACAUGCGAAUAAUCCGUGUUUUAAUAAAGCAAUUGCAUGCGUUUUCAGCAAGUGCCAAAAUCGAUGACACUCACAUGUGUGAAUUGAAAAAAAUUGCGAUUCCAAUGGUUGAGGGAAAAUUUUACAUUUUUUUGCGAAACUUGAUACACAGGUGGCCAUUGGAUGGCUCCUUCAGGUUACUGUUAGAACUGUGGUUGACUUAUAUUCAGCCUUGGAGAUAUCCUCCCGAUGCCACGCAAGCCGACCUAAAAAAACAAAAUCUCGAUGCUGAGGACGCUAUGACCACCGCGCCUCCAACAGUUGGUCGCGAAUAUUUGCCCUUUAUUGCGGAAAAUUUACUGAUUUAUGUUGUGAUAUUUCAACAGUUGCUUCCCAGGUUUACUAGAGUGGAUCUAGUGAGCCCUAAAAUGUCCGUCAUGUUGUACAGAAUUAGUAAAGUCUUUAAUCAGCCGAAUUUGGCCUCACUUCUCAAAGAAAUUGAACAGUCGAUUGAAAAUAACCACUCGCCUUCGCACUCUUACAGCAGCCAUUGGCUGUCUAAUUUACCGCCUUUGAACCCGACCAGUAACUGGUGCACUAAUACUUCCCUAAAUUCGUCAAAUAUAUGGCCAAUAAAUACUUCCAUGAUCAGUGAGACGGGUUUUAAUUCGCCAAGGGGGUCGAAUUUUACGACCGAUGCUAACAGUUCGACUUUUAUGAACAGUUUAUUGGGAGAUAAAAAGUGGUCGGCGAUUGUAAAGCAACGAAUUUAUGAAUUGGAAGGACCUUCGUUUUGUUAUAAACCGUUGUUUUCAGUUCCGCCAGCUCCAGAGGUGUAUGAAUUAGUUAUACAAAUUAAGAGAUCAAUCAGUGUGGCGCAAGAGUUGGUACAAAUAAGAAAACAGGAGGAACAAGAACACAGUGUCAGCUUUUUCGACUUUCUGAGAAUUUUUUACGAUACGCCAACAACCACUGACGAAUUUAGCUUAAAUGAACGGUUGAAGGUUCCUGAAUAUUUGGAUAAGUCCCUAGACCACUUGAAGCAACUGUUCCAAUUAUCAGAGGUACCCGAAUCCGAGCCGGACACAUCAGUGCUCACAAAUUCCGGUUCAAGCGGUUUGGAAAUUUCCAAUGAUUUCAAAUUUCUCACUCCGGAGCGGGUCAGAGAACGAAUGAAGAAAAUCAAAUAUGAAGGAGACCCCGAUUUACAUCCGAUCCGAACGAUGGAAAUAGCAUUUUUAGUUCGAAUGUUGUACCAACUGUCUCUUCAAAUAAACGAAAAUUUCCGGCAAAAGUUCUGCCAAUUGUACUACGAUCAGACGUAUUGGGGACGUUUGUCGAGGCAACUUUUGUGCCCUCCUCUCACAAUCUAUAAAUAUGAUAAAACCAAACCUGGCUCUCCGAGGGUUAGUAUGGAGUUACCGCCGAGAGUUAGUUUGAGGUAUUUCGCAAGUUAUCACUUUUGGACUUAUUUAAUGAUCGGGUGGAUUGUUGCCGUUACGUUAGGUUAUGGUUUGCCAGUUUAUUUGUUAUUUGCUUUUUUUAUUGUUCUGUUGUAUAAAUGUAUAAGAGCCAUCGCUAGUAAUCCUGUCAGGCAUAAUUAUCCAACGGAAGGGUUCGGAAAUAUUAGUUUCGAUGACUCUUUUUAAACGCUUACAUUAAUAAACAAUAAAUAAAUACAUUUAGUUUUAA